AUGGCAGACUCCAGCUCGCCGCCAGCCGAGGCACACCCGGGCUUCCUGCGCGCCGAGAACCCCGCCGACGCCUACCUCCUCGCCCACGGCAGGCGCUCUUCCGGCUGCUCGCCGAGCACCAGCUCCAAGCCCUCAACGCCCUCCCCGCAGACCUCCAACCCGCUCCACGCCCUCCUCGUCGAGUUCCGCGACCACCACAUCAUCCGCGCCUCCACCCUCCCCCCGCCCUCCCACCUCCAACCGCCCGAGAAGCGUGACCAGCAGGAAUGGAUCUGGAUCGCCUUCGACCCCGACCAGCUCGAACUCAUCCUCGCCCAGAUCGACUCGCUCUGA